GUGUGUGUGCUUUGGUUGGGCUGGUGUAACGCUGCUGAUGUCACUUCCUGUCUGUCAGGAGCUCAGGUGGAUCAGGCGGUGUUGGAGGAGCUGAUCCGCGAGCGUCUGCCGGAGCUGUCGGAGCGUAUUCCUGACCUCUCUCCGCUGGCGUCUGCGUCGCUCACGUGGUUCCUGACGCUGUUCAUCAGCGCUCUGCCCUUCCGCAGCGCUCUGUGUGUCCUCGACUGCUUCUUCUACCUCGGCAUCAGAGCCGUCUUCCAGAUCGCGCUGGCGGUGCUGGACGCUAACACGGCCGAGCUCAGCUCCAGCAGCGACGACGGACACGCGCUCAUGAUCCUGACCAGUUUCCUGGAGCAGGUCAGACACGAGGAGGAGUCACACGUUUGUGCUGAAGACGCAGGAGCUUCUCAUCGUCUGAACAUCACCACGCUCAUCACGGAUGCGCACGAGAAAUUCUGCGGUGUGUCGGUGAAGCAUGUGGAGAUGUUGAGGAGCCGCCAGCGUGUUCAGGUGCUGCAGGCGCACGAGGACUCCACCAAAGACAACGCAGUGAGACUCUUCCCUCUCCUUCCUCUGAAAGGCUUCUGCACGGCUCGUUCUUCUGCUUGAGUGUGUGUGUGUGUGU